AUGUCGUACUCGUGGAUCGGGGCUCCGGCCGAGUUUAAUGGAACGAACGAUAUCACAGGUGGAGACUCAUUGACAGAGAACUUGAACCAGUGGUACGAUGCCGGUGACCAGGCCUACAUUCUCGUGGCCUCCGCUAUGGUCAUGAUCAUGAUUCCUGGUCUGGCCUUCCUCUACUCUGGCCUUGCUCGCAGAAAGUCUGCUCUGUCCCUGAUCUGGGCGUGUAUGUUCUCUGCCUCGGUCAUCACCUUCCAGUGGUACUUCUGGGGAUACUCGCUCGCUUUCGGCCCCUCGACAAACGGCUUCAUUGGCAACCUAGACAAGUUUGGUCUCAAGGGCGUUCUCGGUGCUCCCAGCCCAGGUUCUCCUUUGAUUCCUGAGCUCCUGUACUCUUUCUACCAGAUGCAAUUCUGCGCCGUCACUGCUGCGAUUGUCGUUGGUUGCGUUGCUGAGCGCGGUCGCCUCAUCCCCAUGAUGGUCUUCAUCUGGCUGUGGGCCACCGUCGUAUACUGCCCGGUUGCAUACUGGGCCUGGAACUCGAACGGCUGGUUCUUCAAGUGGGGUGGACUCGACUACGCUGGUGGAGGUCCCGUUGAGAUCGUUUCUGGUUGCAGCGCUCUCGCCUACUCGAUGAUCCUCGGUCGCCGUCAGGAGAAGAUGAUGCUCAACUUCCGCCCUCACAACGUCUCUCUCAUCACCCUUGGUACCGUUUUCCUGUGGUUCGGCUGGUUGGGCUUCAACGGUGGAUCUGCUUUCGGCGCCAACCUCCGCGCUGUCAUGGCUUGCUGGAACUCCAACAUCACUGCUAUGUUCGCUGCGAUGACCUGGGUCAUUCUCGAUUGGCGCCUUGCUCGCAAGUGGUCUAUGGUCGGCUGGUGCUCCGGUGUCAUCUCCGGACUUGUCGCUGCCACUCCUGCCUCUGGUUUCCUUACUCCCUGGGGAUCCGUCAUUCUUGGAAUCACCACCGGUAUCGUUGCUAACUUUGCUACCAAGAUCAAGUUCUGGAUCCGCAUUGAUGAUUCCCUCGAUGUCUUCGCCGAGCACGGUGUCGCUGGUAUGUGGGGUCUCUUCCUCAACGGUAUCUUUGGUGCGGACUACAUUAUCGGCCUUGACGGCGUCAACAACGGUCUUCCUGCCGGUGCCAUCACCGGUACUCCCGAAGCUAUCUACAAGCAGAUCGCCUACAUCGUCGCCUGCACCGCGUACUCGUUCGUCGUCAGCGCCAUCCUCGCCUUCGUCAUCAACAAGAUCCCUGGUCUGUACCUCCGUGCAUCUGAGGAAGCCGAACUUCUGGGCAUGGACGAUGACCAGCUCGGCGAAUUCGCCUACGACUACGUCGAGGUUCGCCGUGACUACCUCGCCUGGACACCCGCCAAGGGCGAGCCCUUGAAUGGCGAGCACAGCGUUCCUCAAGGCGAACGCCAUGGCAUUCCCCAACACAGCGAGAUGCUCGAGGGCAAGACACCCAGCGAGCACAGCGGCAACGAACACACCGGUAUCGGUGGUGAUCGUCACGCUGUUGCUAUGGGCCCCGAGCGCGAGAAGACCACACCUCCUUCGUCUUCGCGCGACUACGCAUAA